UGAGCGGUGGAGUAAGCCCCAUGUGGCCACGCUGUCUCUGCACAGCCUGAUGGAGCUGAAGACCUGCAUCCAGACGGGCAGCGUGCUGCUGGACCUGGAGGCCGCCACGCUGCCGCAGGUCGUGGAGCUCAUCACUGACUCCCAGAUCGCGGCCGGCCGGCUGCGGGCCGACCUGAAGGAGCAGGUGACCUUCACGCUGCUGCGGCGCCACCGCCACCAGACCAAGAAGUCCAACCUGCGCUCACUGGCCGACAUCGGCAAGAGCGUCUCCAGCGCCAGCCGGCUGUUCAGCGGCCCGGAGAACGGCAGCCCGACCACCGCCCACAGAAACCUGACCUCCAACAGCCUGAGCGACUUCUCCGACAAGCCGGAGAAGGACCAGCUGAAGAACAAGUUCAUGAAGAAGUUGCCUCGUGACGCCGAGGCGUCCAACGUGCUGGUGGGCGAGGUGGACUUCCUGGACGCGCCCUUCGUGGCGUUCGUGCGCCUGCAGCACGCCGUGAUGCUGGGCGCCCUGACCGAGGUGCCGGUGCCCACCAGGUUCCUCUUCGUCCUGCUGGGUCCUAAAGGCAAAGCCAAGUCGUACCACGAGAUCGGCCGCUCCAUCGCCACCUUGAUGUCGGAUGAGGUGUUCCACGACAUCGCCUACAAGGCCAAGGACCGGCAGGACCUGCUGGCCGGCAUCGAGGAGUUCCUGGACGAGGUCAUCGUGCUGCCGCCCGGCGAGUGGGACCCCAACAUCCGCAUCGAGCCGCCCAAGUCGCUGCCCUCCUCGGACAAGAGGAAGAACCUGUACGCCGGCCUGGAGGGGCCUCAGGUGAACGGCGACGCCCCCCACGACGGAGACGGAGGCGGCCACGAGGUGGGGGAGGAGCUGCAGCACACCAGGAGGUUCUGUGGAGGCCUCAUCCUGGACAUCAAGAGGAAGAUUCCCUUCUUUGCCAGCGACUUCUACGACGCGCUGCACAUCCAGCUGCUGUCGGCCAUCUUGUUCAUCUACCUGGCCACGGUCACCAACGCCAUCACCUUCGGCGGUCUGCUGGGCGACGCCACGGAGAACAUGCAGGGCGUGUUGGAGAGCUUCCUGGGCACGGCGCUGACCGGCUCUGUGUUCUGCCUGCUGGCCGGUCAGCCACUCACCAUCCUCAGCAGCACCGGGCCGGUGCUGGUGUUCGAGAGACUCCUGUUCAGCUUCAGCAAAGACAACGGGCUGGACUACCUGGAGUUCCGGCUGUGGAUCGGCUUGUGGGCCGCCGGGUUCUGCCUGGUGCUGGUCGCCACGGACGCCAGCUUCCUGGUGCAGUACUUCACGCGCUUCACGGAGGAGGGCUUCUCCGCCCUCAUCAGCUUCAUCUUCAUCUACGACGCAUUCAAGAAGAUGACGAAACUCGCCCAGCGCCACCCCAUCAACGCCGGUUACCACGACGACCAGGCCACGCUCUACGGCUGCAGCUGCACGCCGGGAAACUCCUCCGACCUCGUCUUCGACGUCUCCGCCUGGACGAACCACACGGAUCUGUCUCUGAACGCCACCUGGGAGUCGCUGACCAAGCAGCAGUGCCGGCGUUACGGCGGCGAGCUGGUGGGCGGGGCCUGCGGCUACGUGCCCGACAUCACGCUGAUGUCCUUCAUCUUGUUCUUCGGGACCUACACCUGCUCCACGGCGCUCAAGGCCUUCAAGACCAGCCGCUUCUUCCCCACCACGGUGAGGAAGCUGCUCAGCGACUUCGCCAUCAUCCUCGCCAUCCUGAUCUUCUGCGGCGUGGACGCCUUCGUGGGCGUCGACACGCCGAAGCUCAUCGUGCCGAGUGAAUUCAAGCCCACCAGUCCUCUGCGGGGCUGGUUCAUCCCUCCGUUCGGGGGGAACCCCUGGUGGGUGUACCUGGCGGCCGCGCUGCCCGCCCUGCUGGUCACCAUCCUCAUCUUCAUGGACCAGCAGAUCACCGCCGUCAUCGUCAACCGGAAGGAGCACAAACUCAGGAAAGGGGCUGGCUAUCACCUGGACCUGUUCCUGGUGGCCGUGCUGAUGGUGCUGUGCUCCUUCCUGGGCCUGCCGUGGUACGUGGCGGCCACCGUCAUCUCCAUCGCCCACCUCGACUCCCUGAAGAUGGAGACGCAGACGUCGGCCCCCGGCGAGCAGCCGCGCUUCCUGGGCGUCAGGGAGCAACGCGUCACGGGGAUCUGCGUGUUCCUCCUGACGGGCCUCUCCGUCUUCAUGGCGCCGAUCCUCAAGUUCAUCCCCAUGCCCGUGCUCUACGGCGUGUUCCUCUACAUGGGCGUGGCCUCCCUCAACGGCGUCCAGUUGAUGGACCGGCUGCAGCUGCUCCUGAUGCCCGCCAAGCACCAGCCGGACCUCCUGUACCUGCGGCACGUCCCCCAGCGGCGCGUCCACCUGUUCACUUUCAUCCAGGCGCUGUGUGUGGCCGCCCUGUGGGUCCUGAAGUCCACCGUGGCGGCCAUCGUCUUCCCCGUCAUGGUCCUGGCGCUGGUGGCGGUGCGCAAGGCGAUGGACUUCCUGUUCUCGCAGCACGACCUGGGCUACCUGGACGACGUCAUCCCGGAGAAAGACAAGAAGAAGAAGGAGGACGAGAAGAAGAAGAAGGGCAAGAAGAAGGGAAGCGUCGACAGCGAGAUCGAAUUCUGCGACUACCCGUACAGCGACGGCGUGCCCACGGUAAAGAUCUCCAUGGACGCGCUGCAGCGAGAUCCAACCCAGACGUUCCUUGACCCACAGUCGUCGUGCUGAGAACUACUUUGAGUCUCCCACGGUGGCCGAGUGAGUACGACUGUCUUAAUCGAGGUCCGUGUACAAAAGGUUGGCCUCUGAUUCGGGGCCUCUGAUUCGAGGCCUCUGAUUCGGGGCCUCUGAUUCGAGGCCUCUGAUUCGGGCCCCCGGGGGCCCCGACGACGCUCUCCUCUGGAGGAAGAGCUCCCAAACGGAUCUGUGAACCAAAGAAGAAGAUUCUUGUUUGAACAGUGUUUUUAUUGUUGUAUUCUUCCUCCCUGUGUUGUUCUAAUCUGAAGAGGCUUUAUCCGAGUUCUAUUGUUAACUCACGAGUUCCUGCAGGAAACAAAAUGGCCACUUGAGGUCACGCAGCUUUUACGGGACACUAAUAUCUUCUGAACGAGUCGUAAGCGCCCAGAUACAGCCGUCAUGUCAUUAAAGAGGUUUUUCUCGUGUAAUUAUUAUUAUUUUUGUAAUGGAUUUAUUCCAAAUGACACCAAAUCAAAACCUUUUUAACGUUUUUAAAUCAGAACUCCUGGAAUCCAAAGAGUAAAAACAUGGCGGAGGAGGCGGAGUCUUUUCCUUUGCAGCCAACAGAAAGGGCCCAGAAGGUCUCCGACAGGCAGUGGGUAUUUAUGGGCAUAUGCAUCAUUUAUUCAGGGCUGCGUAUUCAUAAGACACACCCAAGAGGUCGUGGAAGAAGACCACGUCGGGGUCAGUGGGAAGUGAAUGGUUCCAUGCAGCCCCCCCCCCCCCCCCUUCAUCUUUCUAUAUUUAUUAUAUUUAAACCCUCGGCAGAUGGAUUUGCUGCCUGAAUCUAAAGUCUGGUUUCCAUAUAACUUCCUCAUGUGUGCACAUCUGAAGACAUUGUUUCUGGAUCCACUCGGCUGGUUUCUCCCUGUUUGGGGUAUAGAUGUAGCUCUACCUCGCAUAUUUCUGUUUGUGCCAGGCAAAAUAUAUAUAUUAAUAUAAAUAUUAUAUACAUUUAUAUGUAUUAAUAUUAUAUAAAUUUUUAUAUAUAUAAUAUAUUAAUGAUAUAUAUUUAUAUUCAGAUUAUAUAUGAAUCAUAUAUAUAAUAUUUGUAUAUAUUAAUUACAUUUAUAUAUAUUAAUAUUAUAUACAUAUUUAUUAAUAUAGAGAUUAUAUAUGUAUAUAUAUUAUAUAAAUGUGUGUAUAGAUAGCAUUUUUAUAUAUAUAAAUGUAUGUGUAUAUAUACAUUUAUAUAAUAUAAAUGUAUACAAUAUAUAUAUAAUUUGUAUUUAAAUAUUAUAUAUAAUUUGUGGGUGUAUAUAUAUAUAUAAAUGAUAUAUAAUUUGUGUAUAUAUAUAUAUAAUGAAUUAAUCUGAUCUGUUGGGCCAUUAUUUGUGAUCAAACAUUGAUUUUAUUGUUUUCCCCUGCAGAGGAUCUCUGACUCUCUAAGGUCCUUUUUGCUCUGUGACACUUAAGAUAUUAUAUUUUUAUUUGACAAAUGAUUUAGGUAUGAUUUUUUUUUUUCUUCCAUUUUUCAAAGGGUACUAUUAGCAGAAUGAUAUUGUGUCCUCGUGACCGCCUGCAUCGUCCUCACACACUUGACUGAACUCGGAGCCUAUUGAAAUUAAAGUUCCUUUUUGAAAAUGUGA